UCAGUCACUUAACCAAGAGCUGGUUGAAGCUGCUACCCAGCAGGCUCCCAGCAAGGAGAUGCAGUAUCUCAGGAGAGCCCUGAUGGAUGUCCAGAAACAGAACUUUGAGCACGCCGCUGAAACCGCUGCCCUGAGGGAGCAGAUGGCCGCCAAGGAGUCCAGCUGGGAAGAGGAGAAGAUGAGGAUCCUGAAGGCUCUCAAGUCAGAGAGACUCAUCAGGAAAGAAGCCCAGAAGGGCCUCAAAGGACAGGAUGAGCACAACCCUGACCUCCAGGUUCAACUCCUCCAGACUCCCAGCAAUCAGCUGAAGGACUCUCACCAGCACAACAAUGAGCUGGCCGCCGAAAUCGCUGCCCUGAAGCAGCAGAUGGCCGCCAAGGAGUCCCGCUGGGAGCUGGAGAAGAACAAGAUCCUGACGCAGGUUCAGAACUACCUGCAGAACAAGGAGCAGGAGAAUCAGAAGGUGAUCAACUCUCUCAGGCAAAGUCUUCUUGAAAAGCAGAAUGAAACGAUGAUGGUCAAACAGACUCCCAGCAACCAGCUGAAGGACUCCCACCAGGUCACCAAACUGGCCGCCGAAAACGCUGCCCUGAGGGAGCAGAUGGCCGCCAAUGAGUCCAGCUGGGAAGAUGAGAAGAUGAGGAUCCUGAGGGCUCUCAGGUCAGAGAGACUCAUCAGGAAAGAAGCCCAGAAGGACCUCAAAGAACAGGACAAUCAAAACCCUGACCUCCAGGUUCAACUCCUCCAGACUCCAAGCAACCAGCUGAAGGACUCUCAACAGGUCACCGAGCUGGCCGCCGAAAACGCUGCCCUGAGGGAGCAGAUGGCCGCCAAUGAGUCCAGCUGGGAAGACGAGAAGAUGAGGAUCCUGAAGGCUCUCAGGUCAGAGAGACUCAUCAGGAAAGAAGCCCAGAAGGACCUCAAAGGACAGGACAAGCAAAACCCUGACCUCCAGGUUCAACUCCUCCAGACUCCCAGCAACCAGCUGAAGGACUCUCAUCAGCACAACACUGAGCUGGCCGCCGAAAUCGCUGCCCUGAAGCAGCAGAUGGCCGCCAAGGAGUCCCACUGGGAGCUGGAGAAGAACAAGAUCCGGAUGGCUCAGAGAGCCAUCAAGAUACAGGCUCAGAAACAGGAGGUGACCGACUCUCUCAGCCAAAGUCUGUUUGAAAAGCAGAAUGAGAUCAUGAUAGUCAAACAGACUAUCAGCAACCAGCUGAAGGACUCUCAACAGGUCACUGAGCUGGCCGCCGAAAACGCUGCCCUGAGGGAGCAGAUGGCCGCCAAAGAGUCCGGUUGGGAGCUGGAGAAGAACAAGAUCCUGAUACAGGUUCAGAACGACCUGCAGACCAAGGAGCAGGAGAAACAGGAGGUGACCGACUCUCUCAGUCAAAGUCUGCUUCAAAAGCAGAAUGAGAUUGUGAUGAUCAAACAGCUCUGGACUGAAAAGUGUAUAAAGGCCUGUGAAGCUUGGAAGGAGGAGAACAGGGAGAUCAGAGAGACCUGUGUGAGAGAGCUCCAAUCUGCACUUGAUCAAAAGAAUCUGAUGGUCAAAUCUCUGCAGGACGAGUCGGACAGGAAGGUGAGCCAGGUCGUCCUGGAAAAGGAUGAUCUGAUCACCCGAAUGACGACAGCCAAGAUGGCUCUGGAGGCCGAGUGGACAACGAAACUCGCCGCUCUGGAAGAUCAGACUCUAAAGAACGAGGUCCGGCUGAAGGAGAAGGAGAUGCAGCUCCUCCAGAGCGAGGUCCAGCUGAAGGAGAAGGAGAUGCAGCUCCUCCAGAGCGAGGCCAAGUGGUCAACGAAGCUCGCCCCUCUGGAAGAUCAGAUCCGGCUCCAGACCGACACCACCACAGACCUCCAGGCACAACUCCUCCGCCUCCAGGAGCUCCACCAGAAACUUGACCUGGGAGCACUGCAGAUGACCGCGGAGGAGAUGAAUGCCAAGAAGAAGGAGUUAAAGAAGCUGAUUGUGGAGAAGGAGAAGGAGGAGAAGAGACAGAAGAAAGAGAGGGAGGAAAGAGAGAAGAGAGAGAAGAAGGAGAGGGAGGAAAGAGAGAAGGAGGAGUUGAAAAGUGUGAAGAAGGAAAAGGAGGCUCUGGAGAAAAAAGAGAAGGAGGACUUGAAAAGGGAGAAGAAGGAGAGGAAGGAGAAAGAGAGGAGAGAGAAGUAGCAUCCUUUCUCUCCACAUUCUUCCCCCAUCCCCCUUCUGACCAUCCCGCCCCUUCACCCCCUACACCCC